AUGCUUGCUGUGAUCAAUCUGUUUGUUUACAUUCUCAAGAACCCAGAGAGUGCCACGGUACAAUCGGAUAUGGCGCAUCUUGAUCUCGCCGCCGGACAUUUUGCAAAAGUUCGCUUCUUGACCGCGUCGCAAGUAUCCUUCGAGUUUCCUCGCGAAAUUAUUGGUCUUGCAAGCAAAGUCGUAAGACUGAAAUCCACACAAUCAACUGUAAAUGCGAUUCCAAGUUUCCCGGAAGAUACCUCUCCAAUGGAUUCGGUAUUUGAUUCAAUUGUCGGAAUUGAUGAAUUGAAUCAACUCUCGACGGACCUUUUUGAUUACUUUCCUGAAUCGGGGGAUAUGAUCUUUUUUUGA